CCAGUAGUGUACCUAUCCCAUUAUCGUUAAGUAUAGAGGAGGGAUACUGAAACAAUUCGCUUUCAGUUAGAAUUUGAAUAGCGACGGAGCAGGUUUGAUCGAACGGAUACCUAGAACGAACGAUCGCGGGUAGAACAUGCCAUUGAGAUGCAAGCUUCUGAGUGGGAUACUUUGGCUAGUGUUGCACCAGGCGAAGAUCGCGGUCGGGUCCAGUGGUUCGGAAAUAGUGCCGCCCAUCUUCCGGUACGAUGAUUUCAAAGCGUGCCGCCAGGUCAAUUCGCCGGGAGAGUUUUGCUACGUACGGAUAGUGCUGGAAUCGAAAGAAAAUGCCGUUGACUCGCCGAGCAGGAUUGUUCCCAACUUUCGACGUAAUCUGCUGGAUUGGGGCAUGUGCAUAGCGGACUGCCAGAGAGAGGUUGGCCUUCUCGAUGAAAGUGAACGUGAGCGGUUGUUCCAACCGAAGAUUGAAGUUAAUUUUACGUACAUGGUAUCCAUGGCGGUAACCCACGAACAGCUCCACAACUAUCAAUCCAAGUACGGUAAACUGAUUAACAUAUGCGUCAACAACCGCAUGGAACGCGAUUACCAGCUGUCUCAGCACGCCUAUUCGGAGAUCGAGCACUGCGUUACCAAUGACCCCCUGGUGACCCGCAGCGACUUUGAUUGGAUGACGGUGACAUUCCUCGUGAUCGGUGUCACGUUGAUUGGAUCCGCUGUUGGAGCAUCGGUUGUCGAUUUGCUGGGUGGAGCGACAGUAAAAGAUCACAUCGUGGUGUCUGCCUUUUCGAUCCGGCGCAAUUGGGCGCGCCUCACCGAGGUCAACACAUCAAAAAUUUACAAAGAUAUUGGCUACAUCGACGGCCUCCGUGUAUUCAUCAACAUCUACGUGCUCUUGGUUCAUUGUAUCCUUGUGGUCGGUGCAGUACCAACUAGCGACCCGUCCAUUGCCGAGGGACUUCUACAAUAUCGAGUAAUCCAAAACAUUACAGCAACCGCGUAUCAGACAGUGCAGUUUUUCAUCGUGAUCACCGGUAUUCUAUUGAUGGCGAACUUCAUGAAGGACUUGGAAGACAAACCGCAGCUGAGCUUCGAGUACUUCUGGAAGAAGAUCAUUAACCGAUGGUUCCGGUUGUGUCCGGUUUACUAUUACUUCCUGCUAAUGUCCAUGGUAGGACACGCACUUCCUGGUGUCGAGCUCGGCCCCUUGGGAUACAAAGCAGUGGUCAUGGAGCGCAACAUUUGUAGAGAAAGAGGCUGGAAGAACAUACUGUUUGUGAGCAAUCUCACGAACGGGUUUGUGCCUUGUUUUCUGCAAGGUUGGUACCUGGGAGCGGAUCAACAAAUGUUCCUCGGCGCUAUCUUGGUGCUGACAGUAAUUUGGAAGUAUCCUAAGAGCAUUAAACCAAUGCUUGUGGUACUGCUAGUGAUACCUAACGUCAUUGCAACUGUAAUAACCCACAAACUAGGACUGGAGUCUGUGAUACCGAUAAGAUUAAGCGAGCUAAAGUUUUUGUUAUCCUUCGAAAAGUGGUUCUUUCACAUCUAUCAGCCCUCGUACGUCACUGCACAUAGCAUCAUCGCUGGAAUGAUCGCCGGAUACCUAUAUCAUGAAACGAAACGAGGACGACUAAACCUCGAUGAAUCCAAGCUGUACGCCGUUCUCCGGAAAAUUACCGUUCCCAUAACUGUCAUAGGAUUCCUGUCACCAUGUCUGUUCUAUGAAUUUGACUUCCCUCGACCUUCGUGGACGGUUCUGCUGCAUUCGAUUCUGUACCGUAACUACGGAGCGUUUGUCGCCUGUAUGUGUUUCAUCCACUGGUUCCGAAGUCAGCCAGGCUCCAUCCGUCGGUUUCUGGCCUCUCGACCGAUGGCCAGCUUGGGUAAACUAUCCUACAGUGUGUACGUGUUGCACGUCCCCCUGCUGAGGCUAAUGGUCAACAACAUGCCCACAUUGAUGGAGGCCACCGUACCCAGUGUAGGAGCGCUUAUGUUGCGAUUGGUUGUUCUAUCGUACGCCCUCGGAUUGGUGGUGUACUUGGUGCUUGAACAACCGACGUUCCAGUUGCUGAAACAUUACAUUUUGGAUCGAUCGUCGAAUAAGGUUAAGAAAGCGGAGUAAAGUGAUG